CGCUAGCUUGGCGCUUGUUUUGCGGAGUCUCCGCUGCCUCUCACGGAGCCACACGCUUAACGCGGACUCGGACCGAUUUUGGAUUUCUGCUUCUUUUUUUCCCGGGGAGUUAUUCGGAGGAAAAAAAAUCCUGGAGGGACAAAACAAGGAGUAAAGAGCCGGAAAACAGAGCUUAAAGUCGGCUUGUGUCGGAGGAAUGGCGGACCGGGACCCGGUGCCGCUUCCUGCAGAGGUUCGGGCCAAACUGGCCGAGCUGGAGCUGGAGUUAUCGGAGGGUGACAUCACACAGAAGGGCUAUGAAAAGAAGCGAUCCAAGCUGAUUGGAGCCUAUUUCCCCCAAACUCCAGGAAUGGAUCCCUCCAUGGGCCAGGAGAGGAGAACACCGGUCACCCCCUCCUCGUCGUCCCGCUACAACCGCCGGCGGUCGUCGGGCUCCAGAGAUGAACGCUACAGAUCAGAUGUGCACACAGAGGCCGUGCAGGCGGCCCUGGCGAAGCAUAAGGAAAGGAAAAUGGCCGUGCCGAUGCCUUCUAAGCGCCGAUCGCUGGUGGUCCAGACCUCCAUGGACGCCUACACACCACCAGACACUUCCUCUGGAUCGGAGGGCGAAGGUCAGGGCAACGGCGACGAGGACGUAGGAGACGGAGAGGAAGAGGACGGCGGAGGAGGCGGAGGAACGUCGUCCAGCAGGGAGGGGAGCAUCAGCAUGGAGCACUGGAUCAGCCGGGCGGUUCACUCCUCCACCACCACCACUUCCUCCACCGCCUCCUCCUCCUCCUCCACCCGCAGCGGGGGCAGUGGGGCGGCCGCGGGCCGGCUGGCCGACGUCCUGGCCCAACACGUCCACAUCUCCGCCCAGCAACACCUCCGCCACCACCGCCAUCAUCACCGCCACAAGACAGGCCUUUUAAGCCACCUCUCCUUGAGGAAGAGGAGGAGGAAGGCAGAGCCAGCUGGUUUGGUACAGAACGGAAACUCUGAGCCUCAGCGCUCCGAAAACCACUCUGCACCCCCAGAUGUGACCGGCUACACCAACAACACGGCCAACACCACCGCAGACGGGAUCCAGGUGGAGCGGGCCCCACCUGGCGGCGGCGGCUCCGCGGCCCAGAGGCAGACGCCCAAAUAUGGAAACGCCGAGCUGAUGGAGACCGGAGACGGCGUUCCAGUCAGCAGCAGAGUUUCAGCCAAGAUCCAACAACUGGUCAACACCCUGAAGAGACCCAAACGGCCGCCGCUGAGGGAGUUCUUCGUCGAUGACUUUGAGGAGCUUCUGGAGGUCCAGCAGCCAGACCCCAACCUUCCCAAAGCCGAGGGAGCGCAGAUGGCGGCCAUGCGUGGCGAGCAGCUGGGCGUGGUGACCAACUGGCCGCCGUCUCUGGAGGCGGCGCUGCAGCGGUGGGGCACCAUCUCCCCGAAGGCGCCGUGUCUGACCACCAUGGACACCAACGGCAAGCCGCUCUACGUUCUCACCUACGGUAAACUGUGGUCCAGAAGUGUGAAGGUGGCGUACAACCUGCUGCACAAACUGGGAACCAAACAGGAACCGCUGGUCCGGCCCGGAGACCGGGUGGCGCUGGUCUUCCCCAACAACGACCCCGGCGCCUUCAUGACGGCUUUUUACGGCUGUUUGCUGGCGGAGGUCGUCCCCGUGCCGAUAGAGGUACCGCUGACCAGGAAGGACGCCGGCAGUCAGCAGAUCGGCUUCCUGUUGGGGAGCUGCGGCGUUACCGUGGCGCUGACCAGCGACGCCUGCCAUAAGGGAUUACCCAAAACCCCCACCGGAGAGAUCCCGCAGUUCAAAGGUUGGCCCAAGGUUCUGUGGUUCGUGCCGGAGUCCAAACACCUGUCCAAGCCGCCCAGAGAUUGGUUCCCCCAGAUUAAGGACGCCAACCAGGACACCGCCUACAUCGAGUACAAGACGUGUAAGGACGGCGGCGUCCUCGGUGUCACGGUAACGAGGACGGCCAUGCUCACCCACUGCCAGGCCCUCACACAGUCCUGCUCCUACACAGAAGCUGAAACCAUAGUGAACGUGUUGGACUUCAAGAAGGACGUGGGUCUCUGGCACGCUGUCCUGACUAGUGUGAUGAACAUGAUGCACGUCAUCAGUAUCCCCUACGCCCUGAUGAAGGUCAACCCGUUAUCCUGGAUCCAGAAAGUCUGUCAGUUCAAAGCGAAGGUGGCCUAUGUGAAAUCGCGGGACAUGCAUUGGGCCCUGGUGGCCCACCGGGACCAGCGCGACGUCAACCUCAGCUCCCUGCGGAUGCUGGUAGUGGCCGACGGUUCGAAUCCCUGGUCGAUUUCGUCCUGCGAUGCGUUCCUCAACGUCUUCCAGACCAAAGGUCUGAGGCCAGAGGUCGUCUGUCCCUGCGCCAGCUCCCCGGAGGCGCUGACCGUCGCCAUCCGCAGGCCGCUGGAGGAGGGCGCGACCCCGCCGAGCCGCGGCGUUCUGUCCAUGCCUGGUCUGAGUCACGGGGUGAUCCGGGUCGAUUCGGAGGAGAAGCUGUCCGUUCUCACUCUCCAGGAUGUUGGUUCUGUGAUGCCCGGAGCUUUGAUGUGCGUUGUGAAAGUCGAAGGCGUUCCUCAGCUCUGUAAAACCGACGAGAUCGGAGAGAUGUGUGUUUGUACCGUCGCCACGGGAACCUCCUAUUACGGUUUGGCCGGGAUGACAAAGAACACCUUCGAGGUCUUCCCUGUGUCCAACAACGGGACGCCCAUCAGCGAGUUCCCGUUCACCAGAACCGGCCUGCUGGGCUUCAUCGGACCUGCCGGCCUCAUCUUUGUCGCAGGGAAGAUGGACGGCCUGAUGGUGGUUGGAGGACGGCGCCACAACGCCGACGACAUCGUCGCCACGGCGCUGGCGGUGGAGCCCAUGAAGUUUGUCUACAGAGGCAGGAUAGCGGUGUUUUCCAUCACCGUGCUCCAUGAUGAGAGGAUCGUGGUCGUAGCUGAGCAGCGACCGGAUUCUACAGAGGAAGACAGCUUCCAGUGGAUGAGCAGAGUGCUGCAGGCGAUAGACAGCAUCCACCAGGUGGGGGUUUACUGCCUGGCCCUGGUUUCCUCCAACACGCUGCCGAAGACGCCUCUGGGCGGCAUCCACCUGUCUGAGGCCAAGCAGCUCUUCCUGGAGGGGGCGCUGCAUCCCUGCAACGUGCUGAUGUGUCCGCACACCUGCGUCACCAACCUGCCCAAACCGCGGCAGAAGCAGCCAGAGAUCGGUCCUGCAUCUGUGAUGGUCGGGAAUCUGGUGUCAGGGAAGCGGAUCGCUCAGGCCAGCGGCCGGGAUCUGGGUCAGAUCGAAGACAAUGACCAGGCAAGGAAGUUCCUCUUCCUGUCUGAGGUGUUGCAGUGGAGAGCGCAAACGACUCCGGACCACAUCCUGUACACUCUGCUCAACUCCAGGGGGGCGAUAGCCAGCUCACUGACUUGUGUUCAGCUGCACAAAAGAGCGGAAAAGAUCGCUGCCGUUCUGUCAGAACGGGGCCACCUGCAGGACGGAGACCACGUCGCACUCGUUUACCCUCCAGGUAUCGACCUGAUUGCUGCGUUUUACGGAUGCCUUUACGCCGGCUGCGUCCCGAUCACGGUGCGGCCUCCUCACCCGCAGAACAUCGCCACCACGCUGCCCACGGUCAAGAUGAUCGUGGAGGUGAGCCGCUCGGUGUGUGUGAUGACCACGCAGCUCAUCUGCAAGCUGCUGAGGUCCAAAGAGGCGCUGGCGGCCGUGGACAUCCGAACGUGGCCGCCCGUCAUAGAUACAGAUGAUUUGCCAAAGAAGAAGCCUCCCCUGCUGUACAAACCGUCCAACCCCGACACGCUGGCCUACCUGGACUUCAGCGUCUCCACUACCGGCAUGCUAGCUGGAGUCAAAAUGUCCCACACCGCCACCAGUGCCUUCUGCCGCUCCAUCAAGCUGCAGUGUGAGCUCUACCCGUCCAGAGAGGUCGCCAUCUGCCUCGACCCGUACUGCGGCCUGGGCUUCGUCCUCUGGUGCCUUUGCAGCGUGUACUCAGGUCACCAGUCCAUCCUCAUCCCUCCGUCCGAGCUGGAGGUGAAUCCGGCUCUCUGGUUGUCGGCCGUCAGUCAGUACAAAGUCCGGGACACGUUCUGCUCCUACAGCGUCAUGGAGCUGUGCACCAAAGGCCUGGGCCUGCAGACCGACUCCCUCAAGUCCAGAGGAGUCGACCUGUCCCGGGUCAGAACCUGCGUGGUGGUAGCGGAGGAGAGGCCCAGGAUCGCCUUGACCCAGUCCUUCUCCAAACUCUUCAAAGACCUGGGACUCCACCCGCGCGCCGUCAGCACCUCGUUCGGCUGCAGGGUCAACCUGGCCAUCUGCCUGCAGCCUCACAGGCUGGGAAAGCUGGCCGACCAGGUAGGGAACCUCCAUCAACCUCCCCUGCCUGACGAACAGCACCGGGGAACAUCAGGACCCGACCCCACCACUGUGUUCGUAGAUAUGAGAGCGUUACGACACGACAGGGUCAGGUUAGUGGAGCGGGGUUCGCCACACAGUUUACCACUGAUGGAGUCUGGGAAGAUCCUGCCUGGAGUUCGGAUCAUCAUCGCCAACCCGGAGACCAAAGGGCCGAUGGGGGAGUCGCACCUGGGAGAGAUUUGGGUGCACAGCGGCCACAACGCCAGUGGUUACUUCACCGUCUACGGAGACGAAGUUCUGCAGUCGGACCAUUUCAGCUCCAGGCUCAGCUUCGGCGACACUCAGACGGUUUGGGCCCGGACCGGAUACCUGGGCUUCCUGCGGCGGACCGAGCUCACCGACGCCAGCGGAGAGCGGCAUGACGCUCUGUAUGUGGUCGGCGCUCUGGAGGAAGCCAUGGAGCUGAGGGGGAUGCGCUACCACCCCAUCGACAUCGAGACCUCCGUCAUCCGGACGCACAAGAGCAUCACAGAGUGCGCGGUGUUCACGUGGACCAACCUGCUGGUGGUGGUGGUGGAGCUGGACGGCUCGGAGCACGAGGCUCUGGACCUGGUUCCACUGGUCACCAACGUGGUUCUGGAGGAGCACUACCUGAUCGUCGGCGUUGUCGUGGUCGUCGACAUCGGCGUCAUUCCCAUCAACUCCCGCGGCGAAAAGCAGCGCAUGCACCUUCGCGACGGCUUCCUGGCCGACCAGCUCGACCCCAUCUACGUGGCCUACAACAUGUAGCGCCCCCUGGUGGAGGGAGGGAGGAACAGACUUGAAAACUGAGGGGAACAAACUGAAGUUAGCCCUGCGCUUCGUCUUGCAGGCACUUUUAGUUUCCUGGGAAAAGGGAAGCUGGUUUCUGGCUUCUGCAGCAACAUCUGGCGCUCUGUUAUUUUUAAAUGUCAGAAAGGUCCUGGCUUAUUUUUUUGAAAAUGAUAUUUACACACACAAAAAAAACUGAAAUAUUUUGUGUUUUUACAGCCAUUAAAGUGUGGGGUAUGUUUUGAUAUGAGGGCGGGGGGUAAAGGGUUUACCAGGAGGUACGUUCAUUUCACCUAGGAUUUUAAUUUUUUUUAACCGACCAGCCGGUCCGUUUCACCAGGUGCUCAAAUCCACACAGGCGCAGCCUUUAACUCCGGUUACUAUCCGCAAACAGCUCGUAUCUUGUAAGUAUGUACAAAAAGAAACCGAUUUAAUUUAUUUUCUCUUUUAGAAGUCUAUGAUUCAAGUUUUUGCUCUUGAAUAUUUGCUAAUAUAAAAAUAAAUUGUAUUAUCUCGAGUGACGCAGACUUAAGCAUAUUAUAAUAAAAAAAACACAAAUAUAUGAUGAUAGAUUAUAUUGCAGAUGAAGGUUAAUAUCUCAGAGGAAAGCAGGUUGAUUUGCGAUGCUGCAGUUCAGUCUGAAAUGUAUCCAGUUUCCAAAAGGAAGGUCCAAAUUUUUUACUUACUGACUUUAAGAGCUUGUUAAAUCCUCUAAAUGUUAUUAAUUGCAAUUUUGGGUUCAAAAUCAAGUUUUUGGAAAUGAAACAGAACUACAUCUUUAAAUCUAAAGUGAUAAGAUGAGGGGAAAAUCAGAUUUGAGGCAAAAAGUUUCCCCUAAACACAAACUAACGUUUCUGAUCAAUGCCGUUGCUGCCCUCUCGUGGUGACCAGCAGUAUUACAUGCAGUCUUUUUCUUAAAUAACCUUCUAAUGAAUUAAUCUUGCAUUCAGCAGCACGAUUUUAUAGAAAAUCAAUAAUUUAGGUUUACUUAUUGUUUUUUUUGUUCUCCGGAAAUAUUUUAUUUAUUUUGGUCCAAAACUUUUCUAGUAGAUAAUUUCCACUGCAGAUUCAGAUUCACUUUAUUUUGGUAAAUUAAAACAAAAAUACUUUACAAACCAAUAAUUUAAUUAAUAAAUUGGCUAAUUUAGUACUUCCUGGCCAAAUCUGCCUCAGUAAGAUAAUCUGUGCUCUAAUCUCUCCAAUUUUGAAAAAUAGCUAAGACAUGAAUAGCUGCAGAUUAAUUCAUUUCAGAGUAAAACUUUCUCCAUUAAGACUGCUGAUAAUCCUAAGAUUGUGAGCAAACUUGUUUAAUAAACUUUAAGUUGAGAUGUUUUUACUCACCUUGACUGGGAUGAAACUGGUCCCAGUUCAGACGGACCAGCAGCAGCGGAGUCGGCCUCGUUUCUGGAUCUCUAGCUGUAAAUAUGGAACAGAGGAGCCGUCAUAUUUUUCCAUGCGGCGGUUCAAGACUCAAACAGUGAUGUCAUAAGUAGAAAUCAAAGCGUUUUAUCAGAGACCCUUUAACUCAUUAAGGAGCUACAGAGAAUGUUUCUUUAAAAAAAAUACAAAGCACUUUCUUCACCUUUUCUCUUUAUUCAUUUCAGGAAAUGUACGUCAAGUUUUUUUUUCUAAAGUUUCAAACGUUGUGUUGAUGUCAUGUCUUUCAUUUAAAUAAACAUUUCAACAAUUUUGACACAAA